AUGUCCUGCAGCCUGUUGGUGAAAACCCUGGAGGACCUGAGCUUGGAUCCAGGCUAUGUGGCCGGGGAACCCUGCCCGUCCCUCAGCCUGUCCUCCUCCGGCAGGUCGAGGCAAUCUCAGCCACACACGAGCACUCCUCACCGGGGACCCUGGUGGCAGCACGCCGGCUCCCUGUACAGCAGGAACGGCAGCUGGGACACGGUGAGCACGUUGCCGGAGGACGCGGCGGACGUCCUGGCCAAGUGUACUUGCCUGCCGGAAUUGGAGGAGUACCCCUGGACCGAGCAGGAGCUGCGGGAAAUCGUGCGUAAAGUCGCCGGGUCGGAUUCGUCGCUCACCGGGGAUGCUGUUCACCGCCUGUCUGUUCUGCUACGCAGGGCUUUGGUGCGGGUCUCCAGAGAGGCACAGCGGCUGAGCGAGCUCCACAGACGCUGCACACGCCUGGAGGUCCAGAGCGCGCUGAGGCUGGUGCUGAGCUGGGGUCUAGCCGAGCAGUGCAUCGCCUCCGCGGUGAAGGCCGUGUCCCUGCACUGCAUGAGCUCCGGGGACACUGCACGUCAGCGGGGCAAGUCCGCACGCUGCGGGCUGACGUUCUCCGUGGGCCGCUUCUUCAGGUGGAUGGUGGAGACACGCGUGUCAGUGCGUGUGCACGAGUACGCCGCCGUCUGCCUGGCAGCCUGUCUGGAGAGUUUGGUGGAGGAGGUGACCAGAAGAGCGCUGGAGGCGGCCAGGCUGACUGCGGAUGAGGAGAAGGAGCGGUGCGGCGGGGUCACCUGCUGCCUGGUGACCGCAGAGGUGCUGGAUGGAGCAGUCAACAAUGACACGGAGCUGUGGGGACUGCUGCAGGUCUACGAGCAUCUGAUGUGUGGCAAAAAUGCAAAUGGUGAGCUGUCGCUGCCGGCCCAUGUAAGCCCAUACACAAAGGUUCCCGAGGACUCAGUGGAGAGCAGGGAGGAUGCCUACAUCCAGCUGGAGCUGCGAACACUGGAGCAGGCGCUGUUGGCCACCUGUGUGGGCAGCAUCGCAGAGCUCAGCGACCUGGUGUCUCGAGCGAUGCACCACAUGCAGCGUCUGCGUAGCUCGAGCCCCUCCAUCAGCCCCGUGCGUUUAGCCAAUCAGCCGUCGGUAUCCUGGGCCCCGGACGCCCUCCGAACACUCUACUACUUCCUGUCCAGUCCACAGAUGGAGUCACUGGAGAAUCCCAACCUGGAGCCUCCGACCAUGACGCUGACCAGAGAGAGGCCGUUCCUGCUCCUCCCUCCUCUCAUGGAGUGGAUCAGAGUCGCCGUGGUGCACGCUGAACACCGCCGCAGCCUAUUGGUGGACAGUGAUGAUGUCAGACAGACGGCCAGACAGCUGCUUCCUGGACUGGACUGUGAGCCCAGACAGCUGAAGUCAGAGUGCUGUUUCCAGUCCUUCAAGUGUCUGGAUGCAGAAGCUGCUGCAGCCAAGUUCCAGCUGGAUCUGGGCUUCAGGAUGCUCUCAUGUGGACGAGCAGAUUUGGUCCAUCAGGCCACGCAGCUUCUGGGAGCCGAGAGGGUGAACACCAUGGAUGACCAGGGGAUGACUCCUCUGAUGUACGCCUCCGCAGCAGGAGAUGAAGCUCUGGUGCAGAUGCUCAUAGAGGCCGGAGCUAAUCUGGACCUGCAGGUCCCCGGCUGCUCCGUCAGACAUCCAUCUGUUCACCCUGGCAGUCGGUGCUGGGUGGCCCUGACGUUCGCUGUGCUGCACAGUCACCUGUCUGUGGCUCAACUGCUGCUGGAGGCCGGAGCAGACGUGGAGGGUGGAGCCCUGCUGGACGGUCAGGAGAGCUCAGCCGAGACGCCGCUGCAGUUAGCUGCUGCUGCAGGUUACUAUGAGAUGGUGAGUCUGCUGCUCGCCCAUGGAGCAGACCCUCUGCUCAGAGUGCAUCAUGGGAAUUCACUGACAUCACCGCUGUACGAAGACAUGAACUGUUUCAGCUACGCUGCAGCACACGGACACAGGAACGUUCUCAGGAGGCUGCUGCUGCAGCCACAGCACAGGAAGGAGGACAUCCUCUCUCUGGAGGAGAUCCUGGCUGAAGGAGUGGAAGAAGAGGAGGAGGAGGAGGUGGAGGUGAAAACUCACUUGGCACACCCUCCAGCUCCUGACUCCUCCAGCCCUGUUCCCAGGCUGUGUAAGGCCAGGAUGAAAGCUCUGCAGCAGGCAGCGUACUACAGCGCUGAGCACGGCUACCUGGAUGUUUCCAUGGAGCUCAGAGAGAUGGGUGUUCCCUGGAGGCUCCACAUCUGGCUGGAGUCUCUCCACAGAGCUCGGCAGCUGUGCAGGGACGAAGUCACCGUCUCCCUCCUCACAGAGUUUCCCUCCAUCAGGACGGAGGACUACAGCCCCGAGCUGCUCUCCACAGGGAUACCGCUCAUGUUCAGCAUGUUAGAGACCAGCAAGGACUACGUGAUCACCAAACGUUUGGCGUCUGUGUUCUCUCACUGUUACGGCGGCUCUCCUGUUACUCCCGUCCCCCCCGUGGACGUCACUCUGUCCACACAGCUAGAUAUUCACUUCCUCAACAAUCAGGAGAUGUCCGACGUGACGUUUAUGGUGGACGGACGUCCGUUCUUCGCUCAUCGGGUGCUGCUGAUGUCGGCGUCUGAACGGUUUCGGCGGAUGCUCAGCGAUUCUCCCGACAGUGUCGUCCACAUCAGUCACAUGACCUACAGCACCUUCCAGAUGAUGAUGAAGUCUCUUUACUGUGGAGGAACAGAGGGACUGACCGUCUCACAGUCUGAAGCCAUGAAGCUGCUGCCAGUGGCCACGUUCUUCCAGCUCAGAGCUCUGCAGAGAUGCUGUGAGAUGAAGCUGUCGCUCAGUCUGACUCUGGACAAUGCCGUCAACUUCUACCAGACCGCCAAGCACCACGGCGCCGCUGAGCUCUGCAGGUUCUGUGAAGGAUUCUUCCUGCAGAACAUGGACCAGCUCCUGGACAGGGAGGACUUCCACCGCCUGCUGCUGGGCGGGGUCGGGCAGGAGCUGCUCUGCCCAGGGACAGGCACUCAGGACCGGGAUCUGCCGGUCCUCCUGAGGGACCUUGAGGCUGCGCUGAUCCACAGACUUUACACCCUUCACUCUGCGUGUCGAGAGUAG